AGAGUGUACAUGGAGGAGCCCGGUAACAUGGGAAGUAGUUGAAGUUGAUGAAGAGAUUAUUGGCUCUAAAACAGUCACGUUUAAACUUGUAUCUCGUGAAUCCGAGGCUAAAUGGGUCUCCAUUAGCCCCGGGGCAGGUCCAACUCACUGACUGAUGGAAACAGAGAAGAGGAAAAAAGGGAAAUCUGUUCUCUCAAGCUGAAGCGCCAUGCACUGGCCGGGCACAAUCUCACGCGUCCGGUUUUCUGGUGAAAUGUAGUUUAUGGUCGUGCGAUGGAGCAUGUAGUAAGUGUUUGCGCUCGCAUGUAGUAUGCUAUUGAGUCCGAUAUGUCUAAUGUGACGCCGAGUAAAAGCGUGGAAUGGCUGCAGCUGGAGUUAGAGUCCGGAGGCACUUCUCUGCUCCUGCUCGACUGCCGUUCACAUGAGCUUUAUGAAUCAUCCCACAUAGAGACCGCCAUAAACCUGGCUAUACCGGGGCUAAUGCUCCGGAGGUUCAAGAAGGGCAACAUACCUAUCCGGACUAUCAUCCCCAGCCAUGAGGAUAAGGAGAAGUUCAUUAAGCGGUGCAAGACGGACACGGUGGUCCUGUACGACGAGUGCACCGUGGACCUGCAGGCAAGUGGAUCCCCGGCGUCGGUCCUGGGUCUGCUGCUUCAGAAACUAUGGGAGGACGGCUGCAAAGCAUAUUACUUGGAAGGGGGAUUUACAAAGUUCCACACAGAUUACCCAGAGCACUGUGAGACUCUCCUCGACAGCUCCUGUCCCAGCUCCUCUCCUCCGCUGUCAGUUCUGGGUCUUGGAAAUCUUCGGAUCAGCUCAGAUUGUUCUGACGGGGAGUCUGAUCGUGAGCCGAGCAGUGCCACAGAGCCUGAGGAGAGCCCCAUCCCAAGCAACCAGCCUGCCUUCCCUGUCGAGAUCCUUCCCUACCUUUACCUGGGCUGCGCCAAAGACUCCACUAACCUGGAUGUGCUGGGCCAGUACAACAUCAAGUACAUCCUGAAUGUCACACCCAACCUCCCCAACAUGUUUGAGCACGACGGCCACUUCAGGUACAAACAGAUUCCCAUUUCGGAUCACUGGAGUCAGAACCUGUCCCAGUUCUUCCCAGAGGCCAUAUCCUUUAUAGACGAGGCUCGAUCGAAGCAGUGCGGCAUCCUGGUGCACUGCCUGGCCGGCAUCAGUCGCUCAGUCACAGUAACCGUGGCCUACCUGAUGCAGAGACUCAACCUUUCACUCAAUGAUGCUUAUGACUUUGUCAAGAGGAAGAAGUCCAACAUUUCACCGAACUUCAACUUCAUGGGUCAGCUCCUGGACUUUGAGAGGACAUUGGGGCUGCACAGUCCGUGCAAUAACCGUUCUGCCAGCGAGGAGCAGCUCUUCUUCACCACACCGACCAAUCACAACGUCUUCCAGCUGGACACACUGGAGUCGACAUGAGGAUUGAUUGGACAGCUGUUUUGUCGUUUCCUGCGGUGUCUCGGAGGUUUUCCGAGCCUGUCAGAUGCCUAGCUAGCUGACACAAGGAGGAAGUCAUUCACAGUAUUUCUGCACCAAAAGGAGCUACAAUGAUUUGUUAAAGGAACAGCACAAAGAACACACUGCCUUAAUGACUAACACAAGGAUGAAUUUUACUCUCCACAUGGCAUUAAUGAGUGGUCAUGUACAGUCAUAAUAGCAGGACAUUUCAUAACUUGUCUGUUAAAUCUGGGACUGUCGUUUGACUAGCACUUGUUAUUCACCAGCUGUAAAAUGGACGUUCAUGCAUAUCUUUGUAUCAGUUAUGAUUAUUGCCUUGAUGGUCUAAAAGGAGUCUUUAGCUAAUCGGAAUGUUUUCUGGGGACCAAUCUGAGAUGUUCUGGUGGUACUCUAGCUGAGGGAAUAAGCUACUGCAGUGACCUUGAAUUAUCAUCCAGUUUCAUUUCUGAUGUCUGGUUACAACUCUCUUGCAAUAGAAUGGCAUAACCUUUGAAAGCAGGGUUUUUUCAACUUCUUUUAGUCAGAAAACCUUAACUAAUCUAAUAUCUGGCAAAUACCACAGUGUUAGCUAUGUGGCCACUUGUUGUGAAAUAAUGUUAAAACAUACUGUUCUUCAGAAACCCUACUAAAUAUUCUGUUGCUUACAACUGCAUUUAAUUACCUUCUACCAAGGACCUUCUUUUAUAACCUUUUACAUCAUAUUGCCUGUUGCUGUUGAGGCCUUGACCAUGCCAGAAACUAAAAUUGAUCUAGCUGUCAGUUACCAAGUCAAGGUAUAGCCUAGUGUAGGGCUGGAUAAAAAAAAAUCUUCUGAUUAAUUCUGAUUUUUAAAAUCCCAAGAUCGAUCGUUGCGUUUGUGCCUUUUCUCAGUAAACAUGCACAUCUGUGAUAAAUGUUAUGUGUAUGCUGGUUCAGCAAAAUGUUUGAAGAAACUGUGUUAUUACAACAUUCAGUAAAGGUUAUUUAAAGUUAAAAAGAAACAUAGAUGACAGCGGGCUAAAUGAGCUGUCUUGAGUCACAACACUCCUGUAAACCGCCACAUGAAUACUGACAGUCUAUGCAGACCAACCCCGGUUUACUCCCGAUGGUUUGCUGGCUCUGGCCAUCUGGUAACAAAUCUACAGAUCACAUCUGCAAGAGGGGUAGACUAAAGCAGCACAGACUAGUUAGGACAUUAAUAUUUCUGCCCUGUGGGUGAUCAGACUGAUUAAAGUGGAUUUCUAGACUUAGUUGAAAGUCCAUAUGUAACUCUAUGGAUUAGCAUUUAUUUCUCAAAUAUGCAUAGCAAUGACACCCUCGAACGUGGUGAAUGUUUUUUUAAUCAUGUGUGUUUUGCACACAUAGGCCUAACAAAAUACAGUUGUGUCAUGUUGUAGUCAUUUUGCAUUUACCAAGGAAAAUAGAUUCUCGAUCCAUAUAAUUGGAAAAUGUGUUUACAGUAUAGCCUAUAAGCACUUUACACAAUUUUAUACAACAAUGUUGCUCACUUGUUGAAUGGAAAACAAAUUUAAGUUCCCAUGAUAAAUACUGAGAAGCUCUUUUUUACCACAUUGAUAUUUAUAUGAUGUAAAUGAUUAAUCAAGAAUCGAAAUUAACCAGUUCGGGACUUUGUGACUCAAAAUCAAAAAUCAGGAGAUUAGUGCCAAUAUCCAGCCCUAGUAUAGUGUAUACUGUAGGAGUGGUUUUAACCACAAAGGAACAAUUGUGUAAGUAAACAGUGUGGUUGUCCACUUUAUUUUUUACUCUUGACAGUCUUCAGGCUGCAGCUACUCCUUCUGUGGCACUUUGAUAUUAAGGGAAACAUGAUGUGUAAUUAGCUGUUCUCUAUUGCCAGUCUCGUCUCAGAACAAAUGCAUGAGUUUGAUGUGUAACAGGGAGUGAAAGGAAAUGAGUCUGACUAAUGUGUUCUUACCUCACUGAGAGACAUUUUCAGGGAUUUUUAUACAAGGCAUCUGUAUCUUGUCAUGGCCUCUUAAAGUGCAUCCAAGGGCUGUUUUGUUUGGUAUGUUUGUGUAUAUGUACAUAAAGUCAGGUCGUUAUGGGGGACAUUUUCUCAAAAUCAUGAAGGAUGCGAAAGUGGCCCUAUUUUGAACCUUAUGUACAGUAUAUGUAAAAUUAAAUGUCUAAGACAUUCUGUAUGCGU